AGAAGCAAAGUGUGGAAAGAAAGACUAUCCAAUUGACUGCUUUUUUAUUAAUCACAUUUGGAAUGGACAAUGGAAUGUUCUCUAGUUUUAUCAUGAUCAAAAACUUCAUCCUUUUUUGCAUUUCUAUGAGUCUGGCCAAUCAUUUUGGCUUAUCACAAAUGCCAACACCUUCGGGGAAAGAUGACACCAAUGACAAUAUUACUAUAUUCACCAGGAUCUUGGAUGGUCUGCUCGAUGGCUAUGAUAAUCGACUUCGCCCAGGACUGGGAGAGAGGAUAACUCAGGUGAAAACAGACAUCUAUGUUACCAGUUUUGGUCCAGUAUCAGACACAGAAAUGGAAUACACCAUUGACGUCUUUUUCCGACAAAGCUGGAAAGAUGAAAGACUUCGAUUCAAAGGACCAAUGCAACGGCUCCCUCUUAACAAUCUACUUGCCAGCAAGAUUUGGACCCCAGACACUUUCUUUCACAAUGGCAAGAAGUCUAUUGCUCACAAUAUGACAACACCAAACAAACUUUUACGCCUUGAAGAUGAUGGCACCUUACUGUAUACCAUGAGAUUGACUAUCUCUGCUGAAUGCCCCAUGCAACUUGAAGAUUUCCCAAUGGAUGCCCAUGCUUGCCCACUCAAGUUUGGAAGCUAUGCUUAUCCCAAUUCUGAAGUGAUCUAUGUCUGGACUAAUAGUACUACUACAUCUGUGGUGGUGGCAGAAGACGGUUCACGACUCAACCAGUAUCACCUGAUUGGACAAACUGUAGGAACUGAAAACAUCAGUACCAGUACAGGUGAAUAUACUAUUAUGACAGCACAUUUUCACCUGAAAAGAAAGAUUGGUUAUUUUGUCAUCCAGACAUACCUUCCAUGCAUUAUGACUGUGAUUUUAUCACAAGUGUCAUUUUGGCUAAACAGAGAGUCUGUCCCUGCUAGAACUGUCUUUGGAGUAACAACAGUCCUUACCAUGACCACCUUAAGUAUCAGUGCCCGCAACUCCUUGCCAAAAGUGGCCUAUGCAACUGCCAUGGACUGGUUUAUAGCUGUGUGCUAUGCCUUUGUGUUUUCUGCACUGAUUGAAUUUGCAACAGUCAACUAUUUUACCAAGAGAAGUUGGGCAUGGGAUGGAAAGAAGGCUUUGGAAGCUGCUAAAAUCAAGAAGAAAGAACGUGAAUUACAUGCAAACAAAGUGAUUAAUGCCUCUAGCACUGGAAAGACGAUUCCCACACCAAACAUGCCAAAGGACUCAGUUCCAUCUGUGAUAUCAAACAGUGCUUCUGCUCCAGUGAAACCUGUAGAAGAAAAGCCUCCUGAAAGCAAAAAGACUUACAACAGCAUCAGUAAGAUUGACAAAAUGUCUCGAAUUGUUUUUCCAGUAUUGUUUGGAACUUUUAACUUAGUCUACUGGGCCACAUAUUUGAAUAGGGAACCCGUUAUUAAGGGGGCUGGUUCUCCAAAAUAAACUGAAGGACUCUAAAACCACAUGAGCCAUAAUAAAGCAAAUGCUACCAAGGAGAAUUUGAGAUCCAGAAAACUUUCUAUAUUUGGGCAAUAUUCUUCAGGAAGUUUUUGCAUGUGUAAUAAUAUGUACAAAUUAUAUUGCCUUGAUUGUUUCUACAUGUAAACUCAGAUGUUUCAGAGGCAGUUACAUUACUUACUAAAACAACAGAUCUUUCUAGAAGAACAGAAGACAUUGAUAUGGCUUCUUUGCUACUCAGUAUCUUGCAUUGAUAGUUUACAAAGAAAAUAAGUUCUAUUUUUUAGAUGUUAACAUGUAUUGCAUAUCUGUGGGUUUUAUACUUCAGAUAUACAUACUUCAUACAUACAUACGCUUAAUGUAUAUUUUACAGAAGUGCUCCAUUAUUGU